UGUCAAGGUCAUGGUGUUCAACUUGACGUUUUCAAUUGAACGUCAAACGAGUGCGUUGCGAAAAAUUAAAAGCAAUUUUAUUGCGUAAAUUCAGUUCCCAAGCAAAAUGAAUUCCGUCGCGAGGGCUGGUCACUUGGCUCCAUACUUUAAAGCCAGUUCAACUGUAGUGUCGAAUGGCCUGAAACCCCUCGUCGUAGCACCGUCUCCGGCUGACAAACUGGUGUCGCAACCUCUUCCGAAGACUUCCACCGUGCAGUCAUUACAUGGAGCUUUGCCUGCCCAGAACUUGAAGAUCAAACAUGGUCCCAGUGCGAUUCAAGUACGUUUCGCGCACACCGAUAUCGCGUACCCCGACUUCUCUGCGUACCGUCGUAAGGAGACGCAGGACCCGACGUCUAAGGCAAAGGAGAAUAUAGAUGACCGCCAGUCAUUCACAUACCUUAUUGCUGGAGCUGGGAGUGUAGCUGCAGCUUAUUCAGCCAAGACGGUUGUGACACAUUUUGUGUCGUCCAUGGCAGCUGCUGCCGACGUCCUUGCCUUGGCCAAAAUUGAAAUCAAAAUGGCUGAAAUUCCUGAGGGCAAGUCUGUUACUUUCAAGUGGCGUGGUAAGCCACUCUUCAUCCGCCACAGGACCGCCAGCGAGAUCGCGACAGAGAAAGCAGUACCCAUCGAUCAGUUACGAGACCCGCAACACGACGACGUCCGCACUCAAGAUCCGAAAUGGUUGGUUGUUAUCGGAGUCUGCACCCACCUGGGUUGUGUCCCAGUGGCCAACUCAGGUGACUUCGGUGGCUAUUACUGCCCGUGUCACGGUUCCCAUUACGAUGCUUCAGGGAGGAUCCGCAAAGGCCCCGCACCUCUGAACCUUGAAGUACCACCCUACACGUUUGUGGAAGACCUCCUCGUCGUAGGUUAAGUGCAACUUAUCUAAUUAUUUAUUAGACAAUUUAUUUAUCCCUAAGACAUGUAACAGCAAUAGAAAUCGAUGCGAUACCAAUAAAUGUGAUUUAAUUAUAAAUGUUA